AUGGGAGGAGCCGACCGAGCUGGUGGCAAGGCUAAGCCUUUGAAGGCUCCGAAGAAGGCACCCAAGGGCGAAAUGGACGAGGAAGACAGGGCCUUUGCCGAGAAGCAAAAGGCUGAUGCGAAGGCUAAGGCUGCGAUGGCCGCACAAGCCAAGGGGAGCAAAGGACCUCUCAACACCGGAGCCCAGGGUAUCAAGAAGAGUGGGAAGAAGUAA